AUGCCUCCUCGCCAGCGAACCUCAACGUUUGAAGAUGUGGGUGAAGUGGUUAAGAAAUCUCGGUUGGCCGGAUCUAGUAAUGCUUCUGGGGUGAUUGAACGAUGGAUCCGGAGUGCAUUCCGAGAUGUAAGAGGGCAUGGGAGGAUAGAGGUUCACCAUCCAGCGGAAGGGCCAUCCCAAGAGAGGGUGCUUACCUUAAGUGAAGUUCGAACAAGUGACAGUGACGUAGUAGUGGGGACCUUCCUAGUGCAGUCCGUGCCAGCAACAGUCUUGUUUGAUUCAGGAGCGUCUAACUCGUUCGUAUCACCCGGCCUCGUGAAGAAGUUGGGCUUAUCUAGGGGCACGGGAGUGAGGUUUAACGUGACGGUAGCAUCGGGAGAAGUUAGGAUGUGUGACCGUCUUUUUGAGGGCAUCAAGAUCAACAUCCAGGGAGAAGAGUUCCCUAGCGAUCUAAUCCAGUACGACUUGGACGGGAUGGAUGUGGUCUUAGGUAUGGACUGGUUGGGGCGGUUUAGGGCCCAAAUCUUGUGCAAAGAUCAGAAGGUGGUGCUACGGGGACCCAGUGGGAAAGAUGGAAGAACCCGGGAUUAA